AUGCCCUCGAAACUCCCCCCACCCCGACAGCCACGAGUCCAUGUCCUCGGCCUCGGGAGCAUCGGCACCUUCACAGCCCACGGGCUGAACGAGAUUGCCCCGACGCCACCAGCAGUGACCCUCCUCCUGCACCGCGAGAGUUUAUACGACGAAUACCUGCGCAACAGCAGCCAAACCACCCUGCACACCGUCACCGGCCAGACCACCCACCACCGCGGCUACGACCUCGAGAUCUACAACCACACUCGCACCUGGCACCCGCCACCCCCCUCGAACGAACCAGCAACCAAACCGAUAGACCACCUGAUCGUGACCGUGAAAGCCACACAGACCGUCGCCGCCCUCCGCCCGUUACAGCCGCGUCUGACCCCAUCCUCGACGAUCCUCUUCCUCCAGAACGGCUGCGGCACGAUCGACGAGGUGAACGAGCACCUGUUCCCAGACCCCGGCACCCGACCAAACUACAUCGUAGGCGUGAUCUCCCACGGCGUCACAUUGAACGCUCCAUUCGAAGUCACGCACACCGGCGCCUCCGCCAUCUCACUGGGGAAAGUGCCUCGCCAACUCGCCCAGCCCACCCAACCCUCGACAGACCCUCAAAACGAAGAAAACUACCUCCUCCAGUCUCUGCCCCACUCCCCCCUCCUCACAGCAAGAACCUACACCACCUACGCGGAAAUCCUGCAACUCCAACUCGAAAAACUCGCUGUCAACGCCUUCUGCAACCCCGUCUGCGCGCUGCACAACGCCCCCAACAAAUUCCUCUUCACCCAGCCAGCCCUGCGCCGCGCCGUGCUGGCCGAGGUCUCCGCCAUCGUGCCGCGACUCCCCGAGCUGCGGGGCGUCGAGGGCGUGACGGCGCGUUUCGCGCUCGACCGGCUGGAGGACACAGUUAACACGGUGCUGGAGCGCACGCGGGAGACGACGUGCUCGAUGGUGGUGGACUUGCGGGCCGGGCGCGAGACAGAGGUAAGGUUCAUUAAUGGGUAUUGGGUGCGGCGGGGGAGGGAGGUGGGCGUUGAUGUGGGGGUGAAUGAGGGGCUGAUGCGCGCGGUUUUGGACAGGGGCGGGCUGCCGUCCCGGGGGAGAACCCCCGGAACGUGGGUAUUCUAG